UCGACGUGUUGGUGUUCAUGGCAAUUGGAAAAAGUUGGCGGCUUUAUAAAUACAGACCCUUCGCAAAAUCGACGGUUUUUCAUUCUCUCCCAUCUAGGGCGCAGUGCCCCGCCCACCUCCGACCCCUUUCCCGCUCUAGAACGUAGCUACAUACUCCUAUAUACGUAUAUCUCUGUCGUCGACGGUGUUUGAAGAAAUUCCUGAACGAAAAAGGCGAGAAUGGGAGUCUCAUUCAAGGUGGCGAAGGCUGGAACGAGGUACAGGCCGAAGCCGGUUCAGGUUGAGGCCAAAGAAAUCGACAGUGAACCGACGUUUGAUUGUCAACGGAGAGGAAACGAGGUUGAUGUCAUUGGAUUAGGAGAUGAAGUUACUGACUAUUCAAUUGCAAUGGCUAAACCUGGAUUGCACUUAGUUUCAAAAGAUCCAGAUGUCUCUUUUUCACUGAGCUUGUUCCCAGGAGGCUUUACCAUUGGAAAACCUAACGAGUUGUUCAGCGGUGUCCCCAAGCAGUUGCAUCCCUAUGACCGAGCAUCGGAGACCCUUUUCUGUGCAAUUGAGAGUGGGUGUUUACCGGGAGAUAUUCUGGAUGAUCUGCCUUGCAAAUAUGUCAAUGGAGCUCUUUUGUGUGAGAUCCGAGAUUACCGGAAUUCAAUGCCUCGAAAUGGAGACACCGGUUCUUCAGUGGAGAAUUCCCCCGUCAGAAGUAAAGUUUUUCUGCAGAUGUGCACAGAGAGUGUUGUCAAGGACAUCUCAUUGAUUUCCGAUGAUUCUUGGACCUACAAUGAUCUAUUGGAAUUCGAGUCUCGAAUUCUCAAGGCUUUGCGACCUGAUCUUCAAUUGGAUCCAACGCCCAUGCUAAACAGACUUUGUGAAGAAUCUCAGUCAGAAAAGCUCAAUUUGGGAAUUUCCUGGUGUAGAAAAAGGAGAAAGCUCAAUGAUGCAUUCACUGUGGACCAUAUAUCUAGCAACACAUCUCUUAGAAUUGAAGCGUUAGAACUUUGUGCUCGAAAUUCAAAUUCCCAAAGUGGUGGAGAAUUUCAGGAUGGAGUUUCAUGUAUUGAACAACUUACCCCCAACUAUAUCAGUACUUCGCAGAGAAAUAAUACUCACCAGGAGAACAUGCCACAUUGUUCUCUCUUAACAUACCAGUCCGACUUUCAAUCAGCAGUUGAUCAAUCUCUUCAUGGAGCUCUAACAUCACAUGCUCUCCCUGCACCCGAACCAAAUUAUGGUUAUGUUGAUCCAACACCAUAUGGAGGACCUAUAAGUAAGAUACCAAUGAAAGAACCACUGGACAUCUCUCAAGAGCAGCUUCCAGAGAAACAAGCUCAAACCAAGCUUCCCACCAAGUCAAAGCUGAAAAACAAACUGCCAAAUCAAAAGACUAAGGCUGAAAAAAGUCUCUGUAAAAGAAGUUUAUAUGAAAGAACUCGUAAGAAGAUGCAUCCCUCAGCAUGUAGGAUAAAUAAUGGUCAACAGGCAAUCUGCGAAGGUAUCCCAAGGCUACAGCAAGUACCCACCUUUAGAGUGACACAAGAACAGAUUGAAACUAGCAGUUGUCAAAGUUUGAAUGUUGGGGCCAGAGACAACAGACCCACAGAUUUGAGAUGUGGACCAAAUCUUCUGCAAGCGCAACCAUCGCAGUCAUUAGGGUUUGUAAAGUCUAAUUUCCUGGAUAACGCAACGCCGUGCAGUCUUGUCUGCCAGUCCUCUGUAAAGAAUAUUACACAAGAAGUUGUCACUGUGGGUCAGAGGGGAGAAGCUUUGCAGCAUUCUCGAGUUUCUUGUGGUGCCAAUUCUUCUCUUCCUUCUCGUCUCAGCAAUUCUUUGCCACGACAAGCAUCUUUCCCGACAAAAGGACAAAAUUAUCAUCUCAAGGGCUUGAGUGAGAACAGUGUAGAAUCUCUUGCAGGCAUCAAUUCAACAAAUACUGCCAGUGCACAGUGUGGAUCAGAGACGCCAUUUCCUCGGCCUUCAGUAAUUGAGGACCCUGUGCCUAUUGAUCCUGUCCUUGAUAGGUUUUUCAAAGCAGAAUGGGUGUCUCAGAAGUAUGCACUGAAUAAGAAGAAGAGGAAGGUCGAUCAGUUUUUUGAAAGGAAGCCCUUUUCCGGCACAGCAGAACUGCUGUCUUCCCAUCUAUUGGACUUGGAGGAUAAGAACUUGAAAGAUGGUAAAACAGAUGCAACUUCUCAUUCAGAAUGCUCCCGGGAUAACAAUCGAAUUAAGACAAGGAAGUUUACAUUUCAGCGUACCUUUCAUGUCGCUGAAGGUGAACGUGGAAGUGGUGCCGCCUGUAUCAAGGCUUGGGACGAAGUCACCAUAUUCGAGAAGCUUGAUGAGGGGCUAGUGGAAGCUACUCUUACUUCUGGUCGUGAAGAGUCUGAUCCUAUUGAUUCCUGUCGCUUACAAGCAUUCGCUAACACUCAUCACGCUGACCUGUUUGCUGCUCAGUUCAGCUCAUUGAUGAUACGUGAAGGAUACCGUCAAGGUGGUGAUCAGAUGGAAAUUGCACUGCAUGAUAUUGCCGGAAGCUCUUCUAGUCGCCCACAAAUCUUAUAUUGCACAACCACUCCGGCAGCUGAAACAUUUGAGCCAGUUCCCUCAACUCCAAUCACAGGGCAAUCUCCUUGCACAUUAAAUCCCACGAACAGUAGUCUAUCUGUAUCAACCUUAAUCCCCAGACAUGCAUCAUCACAGAAUAAUUUUCCUGGAGGCCAUUUGCUCCCAUCUGCAAACAUUCAAUCUGCUUUACCACUCCCAGCUGGUUAUUUCUCCACAUCACCACUUGAAAUUGCUUCACAGUUUAGCCCCAUGCAUCCACAGUGGCAGCAUAUUAUGAACAGGCGUGCCUUUUUAGAGUUCCAGAUGCUGCAACGAGACUGGCUACAACAGCAACUUUUGCGGAGGAGAAUGAUGAUGAUGGGGGGAUUCUUACCCGCUCCAGGUACCAUGCAAAUAAGUAGUGGGGUCCAUGGGACCAGAAAUGUUGGCCUCAAUUCAACCUUUGGUGAUCCUGUGGGCUACAUAUCUUUGUUAGGAGGGGGAAACAUCCAAGAUACUGGAAGCUCCUGUGGGAAAAAUACUCCGACUGCAGUUAUGGCGAGGAGGAUUAGAAUGGCAGAAAAUGGUGGUGGAGCCUUGAUGAGUGGAUUUUCUGUUGAUGAAAAAGCUGGAGUUGGUCCACCUAAUCUUCCUAUGUCGGCAUAUCAAACAACCAACCGGCUGCCAUUGUCAAUGCAGAUGCAACAACUAUGUACACAGGAGUCCGAAGAAAUGAGGAAACUAAUCCAGCCCCAAGGAGUAACCUGCUUGACUGAGCAUGUAGGUUCACCUCUUAGUUCCUCUAGCCUGAUCCAAAAUAGAGCAACAGUGUCGAAUGAGCUCACAGGGAUUGGUGCCUCGUCAGUUGGAUUCUGGGAAUACAACGGUGGACCAUGAAAGUCCAGGGUUGGACUCAGGAAUUCCUGGAUCUGUGGGUAGUUGCAGCACAAGCUCAUCACUGGAGUUGCACGGUCUAACCAGUGGUGGGUUCAAUUGAUAAAUACCGUAGAGUAGUUUAUGAAAGUGAUGUUUCUGUGAAUAUGUUUUCUAGACGAGGUAAAUUUCUGUGAAUAUGAUAGUGUUAUUAGUACGUGCAUAGUCUUUUUUUGCUCC